AUGGCGAAAAUACUGAAAGUGGUUGGGGCCUCCUGGCUGCAAACCAAAAUUAGUUCUUAUAUUCUUGGAUUUCUUGGAAUCCUCGCGAUAUUGGCGCUUUUUGCUGGACAUAUUGAGAGAAUACAAGAAGAUGGCAACUACACAGCUACUGUAUUUUAUUCAGAGAAAACUGGAUAUAGUAUUGAAUUUUGGGGGCAAAGUAACGAUUUAAAUAAUAUACCUAGAGGAGUGGCCCGAGCAUAUUUUAGGCCGGAAAUCGAUAGUACUGGUUGGUCCAUACUCGAAGUGGAAACCAAUGGUUCGUACCCUGACGAGAUCCAAGCAUAUGCAGCAGGCAUUGUAGAAGGCGCGUUGACCUGGUACUCUAUCCAUGUUCACCUGGAAAACACCAUUCGUGCGAAGUGUGAGGACCGACCAAUAGAGAAGCAGUGUGACAAGCUAAGAGAUGCCUUGGACAAGUCUGCUAACAUCUGGAAAAGUUAUGCUGCAGAUCGAGCUGCUACAGAUCCAUAUUGGCAUCAUGUAUCAUUAUAUUACACACAAAUUAGGGGCGUCUUCACUGGCUGGAAGCACGGCGUCGAGAGGAAUCAAAAUGAAUAUGAAACAGAUAUAUCGGAUCUUUACUGGCUAAACUCGGUGUCAGAAGUUGCAGAAAUUGAACAAAAACUCAAUAUAACACUAGAAGAACCAAACAUCAAUAAGCUGCCUGGCUUAUCCAGUGCUUUUAUAAGAAUAGCCAAUGAUACUGAUGAUGAAAGCGUCAAGAAACUUUUUAUAGCUCAAAAUGCGGCUGGGAGUUAUUCAUCAAUGACACGAAUAAUGAAGAGGUACAAAUUAAACUAUCAAAGCAUGACCAAAGACAACAAAGCCGGGUUAACCAUAGACUUCUCAAGCUACCCAGGAUCUAUCACCAGCCAGGAUGAGUUCUACGUCAUUAAGGGGACGAACCACAGACUAUCAAUCGCCGGUACGACGAUCAAGAAUUACAAUAACAAGCUGUGGAAGGAUGUAAACAUUACAGAACAACUGCCUCUUGGUCCUCGGGUCUCAGCAGCGAAUCACCUUGCAACAAACGUCAGUUCCUGGAGUCAUAUGCUGGCUUCCAGCAACUCAGGCACUGGCUGCAAACAAUGGCUGGUUGUUGACCAUGAUAGAUUUGACAAUUUACAUAGACAAGAACCCAUAGAGCACCAAGAUCAAACGGAGGUCGUCACAGAGAUUGUUAGCAAUGACACAAGGCACAUAGUCCUACACCGGCCUGGUAAGGGACACACGAAGGGACUCGUCUGGCUGAUCGAACAAGUGCCCGGACGCACACAUUCCGCUGAUCUCUCAGACGCGCUGUUAGAGAGGAAGUACUUGGCUACGUAUGGGUUGCCGCAUUUUAAAGACAUCGCAGAAACAACACAACUAUCAAAGAUGGAAGAACUUUACGGAAACAUGUUCUCAGAAUCAGAGUCCCACAGAGCAGUGAUCUUCAAACGAGGGUUCCAAAACGCUACGUCUUUUGAAAGUAUUCUGAAAUUGAUGCGAAUGAACAAUAUUACAUCUAAAAGUGACGAUUGUGAUGAGAAAUGUCUUUACGAGUUUGGAUAUUCUGUGCCCGGAGUCAGAGGAGACUUUUUCAAGCAAUCGUAUGGAAUCAUUGACACGAAAGUUGUUACUGGUAACACUAAGAACGGUACAUUAGAAUUCAUCGCCAUAUCCGGUCCACCCUUCACCGAACCAAAUAGCACUCAAGUACCCGUCAACAAGGGAAACAUCGCCUCCAUAUACACUGACAAGUUUGACGACGUAUCAGUCCUUAACGGGAUCGAAAUAAGGAACUUGGUUAAGCAAAGGCGUCAAGAGGAAGAAGAGGAAAACCUGAAAAUUCUUAAUAAAGAUGUUAUAAAACCUUUUCAAUGGUCCCAAAGCGAUUUUGUAAAUGAUCCCCACGAAGGUUUACCCGAUGUAUGGAAUUUCGGAACAUUUACUCCCAAUUGGUCCUGGUGA